UGUUUUUUUUUUCUCUCCUGUUUGUUAUUUAACAAACAUGGCUGCCUCCUGUCUGACGGCACUCAGGGCAUCUCUGACAGGUUCCUGCCGGCGGCUCCUCGCGCACAACGGUCGUCUGACCCCGACAGUGAGCCACCGUUUGCGGCUUCGUGUCCCCCCCACCGCCGGACUGUCCAGCUCCGGGACCGAGCCGACACGGAGCUCCGAUGCGGCCGACAAGGUUGCAGACAGACUCGGGCAGGAGGAGCCGGAAGGUCCGGAGUACAUCCCCACCAGGAAGGCCAAGAACCCGAUGAUGAAGUUAGGAUAUGCCUGGAUGAUCGGGCUCCCCACGGGGAUCAUCGCCUUCAUUCUGGCCAAGAGACAAGUGGACAAAAACCGCCUGAAGCAGCUGAAGGUCAGACAGAGGAUGAAACGAUCCAACGAGGGCGAAUACGACGGGAGUCGAUAUCAGCAGCACGCCAAGCUGAACCGGUGACGUGUCGACCCCGUCACGCCCCGAGAGACAAGAGGACUUUCUGCCUGAAGCCACGUGGAAAAAAACAGACUUAUGUAAUAAAAAAGCUACAUGUAAACAAUAAGCACUACUUGGUGCAAACAGAAGGAAACAGUUUAUUUUAUAUGAAAAUGCAAACACAUUAUCUUCAGGAGUGAAGUGUAUUUACCCCAACUCUGUGGUCUUUACAUGCUGUGUGUUUGACACUGUUGCUUUAAUAAAAGGAUUACAUGCAGCUCUGGCCCGGAGCAGCAGCUGGGUGCGGUCGGGCAAAUCAGAA